UUGCGCUUUGCUCGCCCCUUGCGGGCCAUCCCUCGCGCUCUGCCUCCGGUCAAUUUCAUUACCCUGCAUUAUGCAUACUUUAUGUUCACCUGUCUACUGGCUGCGGUCAUUUUCUGGGCUUCCUCUACCGCUACUCAUGUUGAUUUUACUGAUGCCUUGUUCCUUUGCGUCAGUGCCAUGACCGAAGCCGAACUUAAUACAUGGCAACAAUUCAUGCUUUUCGUCCUCAUCUUCAUGGGCUCCGCCAUCUUUGUAUCCAAUUUCGUCCUUCAGGUCAGAAGGAAAGCAUUCGAACGAAAGUUCAUAAGUGUCAUCGAAAACAGAGCUCGGAAACAGCGACGUGUUUCUCUACGAGGCUCCACUUUCUCAAUGUCCAGGCUUUCGAUAAGCAGAUCUCGAGAGAACCAAAAUCCAAAUCUGGGACUGGACAAACGACCUCGCUCAGCAGACGUGAAUGAGGCUCAGACUCCUGUCAGAAGGGGUCGUGCUUCGCUCAGCAAAACUUCCCUUCGUCUGGAUACGAGCAAGGACACGGAUGGAACCAGUGAUGAUCUGCGUGCUGCUGAAGAUAGACUGAAUGAUGCCACCUCCCCUGAUCGUAUCACUUUCAGUCCUGAGACUGUGUUCCGCUCACAGAAGACCCAAGAAGAUCAAACAUCGCCCACGAAGCCAAGACAACGCAUGUUCUCGGUCUCUGGUGUCGGAGCUCGAUCUGAAGCCAGCCUUCAUCGUGUCACGUCUAUAUCGCACACUUCCAUUGCUGAGGAAGCGCCUGCAGGCAACAAAUCUACCGCCGAUUAUUUCCCGUCUGCUGGUUACAUCUCUCGCAACUCAACAUUCCACAACCUGACCGAAGCUGAACGACAACACCUUGGUGGUGUGGAAUACAAGGCGCUGUUAUGGCUCUCGUGGAUCGUUCCCUUGUACCUUGUCCUCUGGCAACUAUUUGGAGCUAUAGGCUGUGCUGCGUGGGUUGCAUACAAUCGUCCGGGGACAGCUCGAGCUAACGGUCUCAAUCCAUGGUGGGUAGGAGCUUUCAACGCGGUUUCUGCCUUUAACAACUCUGGUAUGAGCUUGCUUGAUGCCAACAUGAUAGCCUUCCAGACCUCGUACUACCUUCUACUAACUAUGGGCUUGUUGAUUCUUGCCGGAAAUACAUGCUACCCGAUCUUCCUACGAUUGAUCGUCUGGACAAUCUAUAAACUCUUGCCCAAGAGAGCCAGGUUUGACGACCAUCGAAACACCUUGCGUUUCUUACUCGAUCAUCCACGUCGCUGCUACACCAAUCUCUUCCCGUCAGAGCAUACCUGGUGGCUUGCCUUUGCCGUCUUUGCGCUCAACGGUGUAGACUGGGCUGCUUUUGAGAUUCUGAACAUUGGCAACCGCGUACUCAAUGCGACCAUUCCCGUCCAUAUUCGUGUCGUCGAUGGUCUCUUCCAAGCCUUUGCCGUUCGCUCCGGAGGCUUCUACGUGGUCGCUAUUCCCACGGUUCGCAUCUCGCUCCAGGUCCUAUAUGUCAUCAUGAUGUAUAUCUCCGUAUACCCUGUGGUCAUCACAAUGCGCAACAGCAACGUCUACGAAGAGCGAAGUCUGGGCGUCUACGACGAGAACGACCCAGAUAAUUUGUCUGAAGCCUCCAAAGAUCCCAACAGCAUCUACAGCAAGUUCCGCGGCGUCAAGAAACAAUUCGCAACCGGAUUCGGUGGGUUGAGCGAAGGCAAGAGCUACUUUNUACAGCAGCAAUUGCGAGCGCAACUUGCCCAUGAUGCUUGGUGGAUUGUGUUUGCUGUUUUCCUCAUCAUGAUUAUCGAAGGUGGACAAUUCGAACGUGACCCGAAUACGUUCUCCGUCUUCAAUGUCAUUUUCGAAGUAGUGUCGGGCUACGGUACAGUGGGCAUAAGUGUUGGUGUCCCUGACAAUGCAUACUCGUUUUGUGGCUCGUGGCAUAAAUUGAGUAAGCUGAUUCUCUGUGCUGUUAUGCUGAGAGGACGGCAUAGAGGUUUGCCCAUUGCUAUCGACCGUGCAGUACUCUUGCCUGAUGAGAGACAAGAUCUAGCUGAAGAGGAAGAUGCUGCUAUCAGGAUGGAGAGGGCAGUCAGCAGACACACUGUAAAUGGCGACGUGGCUUGA